AUGGCUUCGUCUGCUCCGGACGACUGGCGCAAAACGCCGACCCGUCCGUCUCUGACAAGAUGGCACCCGCACUUCGUACCACUCGAACGAUGUGAUAAUGGUUUGUGCAACUCUACUAUUGCUGUGGGCUGUGGUUCUGAUGCCCUCCGUGAGCUAGAGGGUAUCUUUGGUGCCCGCUGGAGAAUGGACCCAUGUCACGUCUCCGCUCCGCAUCCUGAGAUGUGUUGGCUCCCAGUCUCCGUCCCUGCUGUACGAUGUACAAUCAGAAGUCAUCCAUCAAGUGCUCUUGCACCCUGCUGCGCCCCAGGGACUUCUUCCACCGUCGGGCAUCCACUCUGGCUCGGCGGCCCCAUUCAUCAUGCAGUCUGCCACAGACAUGGCCAGGUGUCUUCUGGUCAUGCAGUUGGUGAUCUGCUUCCCGCCUCCAGUCUCUGGCUGGCGCAGUCGGCAGGAGCACAGGGGCCAGUUAGCACAUGCGUGCUGUCCUCGUCGGCCUCAGCAGCGGUCGGCCGAUUGUAUUCUUGCAGAUCACACCAGCGCAGGGGCGAACCGACCGACGACGUAAAUCCUUGGUGCGCGUCGCUGCGCUACGAGCUUCCUUCUGCCAGGACGACUCUUGCCGGACCGCGGCAUAGUACCCCGUGCGGACUGCACUCUGGCAUGCCUGGUCAUUCUUCAAGCAAAUGCCCUGGCCAUCUUGCGCAAGCUGCUUCGUCUUCUUCUGCUGGGACGGCGCCGCUCGGGUGGACAACCCGUCGGGGCAACCUUGCUCAGCGCAUUCGUUUGAGUCAAGGGUUCGCUCUGGCACAAACAAGUCGUUUAUCAAGCAGCAGCUCACUGGGAGCCUCCAUCAAGGCAGGAGGAGCGUCUGUGGCCUGCGCGCGACUUGGUAGAGGAAUGGCCUGGUUUGCCACUGCUGGCUCGUCCAGAUUGUGGCUGGCAGUCAGUCACGUCCCGACACUAAUGGCCGCCAUCGAACGCCGUUUCUUUUGGCCCGUCGGGAGGUCUCAGCCAUCCCGUGCGGGCCCCGUUCGAUGA